UGACGUUUUCACCGUGCGACAGUCGGUUCCUUGCGCAGUUGUUGUUGUAGUUGGUCCGUGGGGUUCUCCGGAGUGUAGAGAGAUUUUAGAGAACCUUCUACCAGAACACAGAGAGCAUGGAGACCCUUGGAGGUUAGAACCAGUCUGGUCUCUGUGUUCCCCCCUCACAGGGCCCUCAUCUCCCCGUCUCAGCAGCAGGCUAACUGUUAGCAUCAUUAGCUCAGAUUAGCUCCGUGGGUGAGAAUAAUCCGGGGUGUGUUUGGACCUGGGAUGGAGUAUCCCGCUGGAGGAGGGGGAGCGGGGAUCAGUGGGAACGUUCCUGCCUUCCUGACCAAACUGUGGACCCUGGUGGAGGACCCGGAUACAGACCCGCUGAUCUGCUGGAGCCCGAGUGGGACCAGCUUCCACGUCUUCGAUCAGGCUCGGUUCUCCAAAGAGGUUCUUCCAAAGUUCUUCAAGCAUAACAAUAUGGCCAGCUUCAUCAGACAGCUCAACAUGUACGGUUUCCGUAAGGUCGUUCACAUCGAGCAGGGUGGGUUGGUGAAACCUGAGAGAGACGACACAGAGUUCCAACAUCCGUUCUUCAUCAGAGGACAAGAACAUCUGCUGGAGAACAUUAAACGUAAAGUGACCACGGUUUCAUCUGUACGUCAGGAGGAGAUGAAGGUAUCUGCAGAUGACGUAAACAAGAUCCUGAAUGAUGUGCAGGUGAUGAAAGGAAAACAGGAAACCAUCGACUCCAGGAUCAUCGCCAUGAGACAUGAGAACGAGGCUUUGUGGAGAGAAGUCGCCAGUUUGAGACAGAAACAUGCUCAGCAGCAGAAAGUCGUCAACAAGUUGAUCCAGUUCCUGGUGUCUCUGGUCCAGUCCAACAGGAUUAUGGGACUUAAGCGGAAGUUGCCUCUGAUGCUGAAUGACUCUAGCUCCGCCCACUCCAUGCCUAAAUACAGCCGGCCAUUCCCAUUGGAGCACAUGCAGGCAACAGCCACGUUGUUCUCAGCUGACUCCCCGGUAACCUCCGGACCAAUCAUCUCUGACAUCACAGACGUAGUCACGCCCACUGCACAGGAUGCAGACAGUGAUUGGACAGAAGAAGGAGAGAUGCAGUCAGUUAUCAAACAGGAACCAGCCAGCCCUGAUGUGGAAGCUGUUGCUGUUCUUGAGGGUGGAGCUUCACAUGCAGACACACCACUCUCCCCAACCACUUUUAUCAACUCCAUCCUGCUGGAACAUGAGACACAGCCGACAUCCAACAGCUCCGCCCCGACAUCAGUCAGUCCCAUCAUUCUGAUGAGCCCUGCGUCCACUGGGCCACUUUCACCAACAGCAGCCGGCCAGUCACCUUCCUCCAUCCCCACCUCAGCAUCCAUCCCCAAUCCGACCUCCAUCCCCUGCCCGACCAAAGCCAAGCACAAAUGUCAGACUGUGGCCUGUAUUGACAGGUCUCAGCUGUCGGAUCACGUGGACACCAUUGACAGCAGUCUGGAGAACCUGCAGAACAUCCUGAACACGCAGAGCUUCAGCUUUGACACCUCGCCGCUGAUGGAGUUCUUUGGUUCCCCCUGUCCAUCCGGGGAUCUGGACCUGGACUCUUUGGAGGAUCUGCUGUCUGGCGACGCCCCUAAAGGAAGUGAUGUCAUUAGCCAUGGCAACCACAAAGGGAAGCAGCUGGUGCAGUACACCUCUCCACAAAUCAGCUCAGGGGAGGGCGGGGCAGACCUUCCCUCUCUGCUGGAGCUGGAGGCGGGGCCUUUCUUAGACUCGCCCACCAAUGACCCAGCUGCCGCCCUACUUAGCCACACCCACUCAGACUCUGACCUCUGACAUCAUCCUGUGUGGAAUAUAUCCCUCCCCAUCGCAACUGGACAGCCAGACUAUGUGGAUGGAUCAGCCGUUGAUCAGCUGAUUGACAGCUGUCAAUCAGAUUUAUUAUUAUUAUACAAAUGAUAAGGAUGGCGUCCUUUCAUGGGUUCUUCUUCUACUGUUUCUUUAACCUUUGUUUCUUCUUCUACUGUUCUCUCCUGGUCUCUGUCCCAGACCUCAUGCCUGUCCCCUCCAGAGUUAAACUCCUGAGUAGUUCUGACUGCUGUUUGUCUCCCUCUGCUGGUUCCUAUCUCCAAGUUCAAUCAGAGGAUUAA